AUGCAGGCAUGUUGCCUUCAGCAACACGCUGCAACGACUGUGCACAAGGUGGCCACAAAGUCAUUCUUGCUACCUGAUCUUCCCAUUUCCCAAUGCUUGCCCUAUUCCCUCAAGGAUCAACAGCUUCUGAAUGGCAAUGUGCCACAGCCUUUGGACUGGCUCCGUGCGUGGCGGGCAUGCAAGGCCACUGCUUCGUUUGAGGGUGCUGUGUCCUUCUAUCAGACAGAUGAUUUUGCCCGUGGCUGCAGGAGAAGAACAUCGUCCCGGAGCUUGAGAUGCAUGAUUAUAGUCAUGCACUGGGCAGUCAGGAAGCUGCGGAAGGAGAGGCUGAUGGCUGCAACCAGCAUCAGUGUUUCAGUCGAUGACAGGAAGGACCACCGCCUGGUAAGAUAUCGGUGCUCCUUUCUCCCACAGGGCACAGGGCCCAGGGCACAGGAGAUUGAUUCAAACAAUGGACACGCAGUGCAGGACCCAAACAAUGACAGGGAGCAGGAGCCUGCUUCGUUCAACUCCAUCGAAGAUUGGUGCAGGGCACCGCCAGUUGUGCAAGAGGGCCUGCUUGGUGUUUACAGGUUAGGUGGUGAUGUGGCUGAGAAUACUUUGGAGAGUCAUGACCAGGACAAGAGUGAUUCAAUGGCCUCUUCAAUCCACACAGUCUUGGAGCAAGGCUGUCGAGACCCUGAUGGCUGCUUAGACAAUGAAGCGUUGGAUGCCAUUCGAAAGCGGAUCCACCAUUUUGCUUCUGACCAAGGUCCUUCGGUCAUGAAGUGCAGCAAGAUCAUAGCCUCUGACCCUAGACUUCCAAACAUUGUUUGGGCAUCGUACGAUCCAGCGCACCAGGUGAGGAAUGCUUUCAAGGACCCUCUUAGUGCAGAACCAGAGUUCAACCAGCAAUGGGAAAGACUGUUUGGCCAUAGCAAAUCACUGGUCCCCUUGAUUCAAAACUCAGAGGUUUGGAAGGCAAGGUUGAUUGCAGCUCAACGUGCUGUUUGCGAGCAGCAUGGCAGCCAGGGAGGCAUAGAUAAGAUCAUGCGGAACUUGAGCAUUGCAAAGCAUCGCUUUGACAGCGCUGGCACCCCCAUGUUCAAGUACUGCUGCGCUAUUCGCGCGAUUGCUUUGGUGUGUGGCAUGCAAGAGCGAAAUUCACCGAGUUUGCGGAAGAGGGCUGAAGCAGCUUUGCUGGACAUGGUGGCUCCAAAUCUGGUCCGGGUGGGCCUCACCUGUGACUUCACUGCUGAGUGUCUCUCUUUCCUGCGCACCAACUUUGACAUAGACGAUCCAGAUGUGUCUUUGUUCCAGCAAGCCUUCAAAGAAUUCCACAGCAGGCAGAAGGCAUUGUUCAUCGAUGGCCACAUUCUCAUGGACCCAUCCACCCUCCCAGGACCCACAGUCCACAGUGGCAAGACUGCCACGCAAAUUAUCUUUGAAAUUGAAGCACCAGAACCGAUAUACUAUGGUGGCAAGGUGCACUUCUUGUGCACUCGUGCUUCUGCCCAAGAGGUCAGAGGCAUCAUGAACAAGAUGGCCUCUGUGGUGGAUGCCAUGCUGCAAAGGCUUGAUGUUGACUUGGCUGGAGACCAAGUGGUAUGCAAGCUCCUGCGCCUAAGAAACUUUGCACAAGGGGUUGCCAGAUCCCUUUGUUUGAUGGCCAAGACACAGGCUUCUCUCAGACCGCAGGUUUUGCAUGUCCUACCAGCUGCAGACAACAGGUUCUUAUGGUCAUGGGCUGUGGCCCCACAGUGGCGUGCCAAGUAUGCGCGCCAGGUUCCAUGGUGUCCCAAGUGUGACGAGGUGGUGGGCUUUUUUGCUGCCUUGAAAGUGAACACUACAACAUUGGAGCGAGACCUUGGCCACUUGUUGAACAAACUUCAAGCACAUAGUGGCCCUUUGGCUGCUGAUGGUGCCACCAUCAGUGCUAUCCUUGAAGUUGCAAUUGAAGGCCCGCAGACAGAGGCUGAAGUUUUUUGCACCUGCUGCAGAAGAAGGUGGUCAGCUGGGCCUGACUCCAUUUUCAAGGCUUUGUGCCAAUCUAUGGGUUGCUCACUUUGA